UUGGUAAACCUUCUGGCUUUCAAACCAAACACUCACACGACCGUUAAUUUUUUACCGUCCCGUUGCUUGGCGACGUGCUUCCUCGGGUGGACAGUCGAACGCAGAUCUCACACCUGAGCCAAAACAGAAGAAAAGCACAGUCGCGCUCACUCGGUGAUCUGCCAGCAAUGCCUGAUCCGGUCGGUUUUCCAGCUUCCGGGGUUUGGCAGCUGACCGCGGGCUGACUGAUUCAACUCUGCUGUUGUCACACUACAUUUGUUGGAAGUAAUGAGUGGUGAAGAUUCUAACCCUGCAGCCACACCCACCCCCUGUCAGGACAUACAGGGAGAUGGUCGAUGGAUGUCAUUGCACAAUCGAUUUGUGUCAGACAGUAAAGGAAAGGAGCCUGAUGUUCUGUUUGUUGGUGACUCACUUGUACAGCUUCUGCAUGAGUUUGAGGUUUGGCGAAAACUGUUUUCUCCUCUCCAUGCCCUGAACUUUGGAAUCGGUGGGGAUGCUACACAGCAUGUACUGUGGAGACUCAGCAGUGGAGAAUUGGACCACAUCAGCCCCAAGGUGGUAGUGUUAUGGGUGGGCACCAAUAAUCAUGGGCACACCCCAGAACAAAUCUGUGGAGGCAUCAUGGCCAUCAUCAGUGUGAUCCAUCAGAAGCUGCCCCAUGCUCACACUCUUGUAUUAGGUUUGCUGCCGAGAGGGAACAGUCGAAACCCUCUUCGAGAGCGCAACAAGAGUGUGAAUGCUUUAGUGCAGGCUGAGGUAGAAUCUCUGUCUCAUGUGACUUUUCUGGACAUGGACCCUGGGUUCAUUCAAGCAGAUGAUUCCAUCUCACGUCAGGACAUGUAUGAUUAUCUGCACCUCACGCCAGCGGCCUACCAGAGGGUGUGUCAACCCUUACAUGAAUGCAUCAAGUCUCUGUUAGAUAAACAGGCUCACUGAACACAAACACAUGAACACAAGAAAAUACAGCAUUACCAUCUUCAUCCUGUGCAACAAAAUGGAUAUCUACCCAUUAUGCUCUACAAUUAGACCCCUUAUUGAGAUUCAAACACCCUCGGGAAACAUGACUGUUUAAUGGACACACACGCGCAUACACCACACACAAAGUCACAUGCUUCUCAUCAAUAUGUUACAUGUCCUUGCUCCUUCAAAAUAGAUUUUUCUGUUCACCUUAUACUGUACUGUUAGAACCAGACCAAUUUUUUUUUUUAACCCAAUUCUAUUUUUGCAAAAUGGUUAAUAUAUUCCAAAGCUCUUCACAUUCUAACUCUUCAGAUGUUGAGAAAUACUCUAUUUGCUGAAAGGAACAAUAUGGGCUAAUUUGUUUCAGUUCUCCUUUACUGAGCCUCCACAGUACAUGCCCAUAGGCUCUUUUCUGAGAAAAGGACAGUUGAUUCACACAAGGUUACGUGCCUUGACUCUAAAGUGAAUUCAUGAGAUUGUUUUGGACACUCUCUUUGCUGGAGAAUUAUUGUAGUAAACACUGAUUUAGUUUGUCUGUGCCAAUGAUUUUGUACAGUAUGUUUCUUAAUUGUCUCUUCCAUGUUUGUUCACUAUAUUUUGAUCUUUGUUUUAAUUUAGUUGCGUUCUAGUGUUUCACAGAGGGUGAAUUGCAUGUACAUCAGGCACCUGGGGUUUCUGAAAGAUUUACAUGUAGAUAAAAAGCUGAUAUCUUGUAACUAAAGGAAAGAAGUGUGUGUGGUUGGUCUGCACAUGGCUCAAGUUUAACCUAUUUUUAUGCAUCUGUAAAUCUGUAUUCAAUUUUGAAUAAGCGAAUCAAAUCGUAAGGGGAAGAUCACUCUCUGUAUUAGUUAGAGGUAUGAAAGCUAUUGUCAACCGUCACUUUAAAGUGAAUACAUGUAUGAUUCCUCAGCUUCCUUGUCCUGGUGUUUGUUUAGCUUACCUCUGUAAUGGUAUAUGUGAACAUUAUCAUCUUUUACUAGGCUUGAAUAAUGGUCCAGGAAUUGCAUCUUCUUAGAAUUCACCUGAAAUUACAGUCUGAGGGCUAGACGUCUGGCACUCUUAUGUAUUUGUGUCAAAAUAGUGAAAUAAAAUCUGAGAAACCUGUUAAACCUGUAA